AGAGACUGAAAAAACGUUGCAGUGAAUUGGAAGAGAAACACGAAGCCUCAGAGCUGCAAAUAUCACAGCUAUCAGCCUUCUACAGAAAUCAGUUGCAGCAGAAAGAGGCCCAGGGAGCACAGAGCUCUGAUGGAGGAGAAAUCUGCAGGCUGAGGUGUAUCAUCCAGAAACUUGAAGAGGCACGAAAAGCAGACCUUGAGCAGCAUCAGAAGGACGUCGCAGUUUUACAGAACUUACACCAACAAAACAUAGCCAAGCUAUGGAAUAAAUAUCAGGAGGAAUUAUGUCAACGGAGGGCAAUCACAGAGCCAGAGGACCAUAUGGAUGAAGAGAGGGAGAGAAGUGUACCAUCAGUUCAGAAGGGAGAGCAAACAGGCUUGGGAGAAAAAGAGCAUCCCUCUUCCACCCAGGAUGCUGAGGACUUUGCAAGGCAGCUACAGCACUGCACUGCAGAAAAAGAACGCCUGUUAGCUGACCUGAGCAAAAAGACCAAGGAACACCACAUCCUCACCAAAAAAUAUAAUAAAAUCCUGGAAAUCAUGGCCUCAAAACAAGCAGCCAGCACCAGCCGGCAAGUGGUGAAGACAGAACCAUGCUCUAGAGCUGAAGGUGAUUUAAAGAGAGGCGCCAUGCACACUUCAGCUCCCACCACGCCCAGAGUAUCUUCUUGGGUUGAUACCAAAUCAGACCAAGAGAGGAAACUAUACCAACUGAAUUAUUACAGGAGAUUUGGCAAAAUGCUCCUACAAGAACAACCAGGAUGGAAUUCACUGAAUGAGAGGGGCCUUGGUUUGGAGGAUGUAAGGCACAACAAACAACAGCUACUCUCUGAAGACCAUGGAGGAAACACAGGACAGGUGCCUGGGUGGCUUUUUGUAUGGAAAAGGAAGGAUGCCCCCUUUAGAGCGGAUCAGCACCCUGCAUCCCACAGAGUGCAGCAGAACCACAGAAAGAUUCAAGAAAUCUGAAUGUACUCCAGUUCCCCUUUCUCCAGCACUGCCCCUUUUUUGAUCCCCAGGCUUUGUUAGCAUUUUAAUGAGUCCCCCAUCCUGAGGUUUCCAGCCACCCUGACACAGCCCUCCCCACCCCUUUGCCUUCUCCUCAGCUCUUCUGCUGAGGAAUUUGGCAGCAAGAUGCCAGGCUGCCUGGGAGCCUUCCCUUCCUGGGAGCUUUGCAGCAGCUGGCAGGCACUGCAUCAGUGAUGGCAGCUCCUCCAGGCUCCUUGUGGGCAGAAUUUACUUGUGUUUGCUCACUGACCAAUGUUUGUGGAGUUGGGCAGAAACUCUGGGUUCUCUUGAAGUGGAAAUGCCACCCUCCCCACAGGGACCCAGGGGAUACUGGUUGAAAUUGGUCCUGCAGUGAUGCAGCCUCCAGCAUUUCCUGGUCUCCUGGUGCUUGCUCCUAUGGCUGUGUCUGUGGCUCACGUGGCCUUGAUGCUUCCUCAGAAUGGAUGGCUGUCAGCGGCUGAGACACAAGAGCAGCAGGGCCUGCUACCCACUGGGACUGGCUUCUGAGGGCCUGGCCAUCCUUCACGGGCCUGUCAUGGGCUGUGUCAUGUGUGUCUGGCAAAGGCCUGAGACACCUCCAUCAGCACAGAUCUUAUGCUUCUGUGCUCAAGCCUUUGAGAACACUAGUUGACUUUCUGCUCUAAAGAAACCAUCCACAGAAGGAACAUGUGCUGUAUCACAGAGCGCCUUUUGGAAAAUAUGCUGUAAUAAUUUGCUGUUGUAAUGUUCUUAAUUUAAUAAAAAUAUUCUUUGUUCUUU